AUGGAUGCUCAGUAUCCCUUUGCCUCCCGCGACGAUAUCUGGCGCGUUUUUGAAGAACUGAAGGAACUUCACGCUACGCAGUUCGAACAGGCGGAGCGGAUCGCGAGACUAGAACGACGAAGAGACGAGGAUGCGAGAUUGAAAAGUGUCUGGGGUCCUUUGUCGCCAUUUCCCAGUUCCGUCGGAGGUACAGUACCAACAGAGCCUGUCUUCCAUUCCGCAGCCGACGCUUUCAAGGGUUUUGACCAGGGACAUCAUCCCGGAGUGGUGACCACGAUGGGUCUCGAUAAUGAAGAUGAACCGCGCCGCGGGACUUCCAGGGCCAACAGUGUUCGGUUUGAUGAAAGCGCUAUCCACGGCUACUACGGACAAAAUAGCCGCUCUAGCAGCGAGCUUCCGCUGAGAACUGGAAGCGGCAUGGGGACCCAUCCGCUGACCGAACGCUCUUUUUCGCAUCGGUCAGAUGGGAGACAGAGUUCAUCUGGUCAUUCCCAUCAUUCUGCUAGGACCAAUAGCCUCGGCUUGGACACAGCUAGCAGGAUGAUGAGCUCUUCUGUCAGUGGAUCCCCUCUCAUCCCUCCCCCUGGGCUUUUCCUCCUUGGGCCCGUUCCGUGCAUUAUCCGGUGCUGGUUGACGACCAACUUCUCCAACGAUUCGCUCCUGUACGCCGCUGUCUGUUCGGGGUCAUAUGUCUCGUCACUCGGGACCACGAUGAUCCAGAAUUUUGGUCUCGAGGAUCUAGUAAGCCAAGAGGACGGUCUGCGCUUCAUCAAACUCCCGAUGUAUCUGCCCGAGGCUAGCGUACACCAGGCAUCAUCGCGGUCCAGCAGCCCAGAGCCCCAGGUCCCCUCGCUGACAAUCCGAUUUCUCGUUCGUGAAGUCGAUCCCAGUGAUUCCUCCAUUCAAAUUGUCAUUGGAAGCGACGUCCUGCGCUCUCACAAUGCUGACGUGCUCUUUUCCCAAGACAAAAUAAUCAUGGUCGAUGAUGAGCGAAACAAGAUCUCAAUCCCUUUGGUUCGGCCAGAGGAUGACUCGAUUUUCAAAUCGCUGCGCACGGUGUCCGAUGCAUCGCUUUCUACGCGUAUCGAAUCCCACCACCAGGGUAGCGAGAUCAACGGACAUUCGAACGUCGGUCUCAUUGGACAGCCGAUCGGUUCUCCAUCUCAGAGCAGAUCUGCCGGAUCCGCGUCUGCUUCUGCUAGGGGCUCCAUCGAAGAACCUCAAGAGAGCCGAAAGGCCCAAUCUUGGGAUACGCAUGAGCCUCCGAGCGCCGAAAGUCUUCAGAGUUCAAAUAGGCCCGCUGCGGCACCUGAAACUCAGACCGCGGGAUCUGCCAAGGUGGAACCUGUUGGCGUUUGGGGAUCGUGGAAACGCGACUCCAAACUGGAUCCAUCCGCAGCAGGCAGGGCAUCUCGAGGUCGUCCCAUGAAGGUGCUUCGACCUACCAAAUCGUCCUCGCGUACUCCACCAGUAGGCAGUGCACCACGGAGCUCCAGCACAGAUCUUGGGGGGACACCGGCUUCCUCUCAGCCGGCCUCGUCUCGUGCCUCGCCUGACGAAACACGAACCGGCAAGCCGUGGGGAUCCAAUCCGAUUGGAGGAGCCUCUGCCUUUGGAUGGCUUAACUCCACCCAGCCGCCUCCUCGGGCUGUGACGAAUCCUAAAUGA